AAACACAUAUUACUAUUGGUUCAUGAAACGAAUGAAGCAACUAUGACCCAGCGCUUUCAAAUGUAUUUUACAGAACAACAAGGGGAGAACAGAUGUGCUACAUUGGCCACUCCUCAGAAACCCAUUUCACUCAACUUAUUCCUGGAGAGAGGCUGGUGUUUUAUUUCGAAGGCAACUGUCAGAGGAGGAAACACUCCUAUGCUGAAGGUUGAAAUGGACCAAAGACAAAACUCACAGGUGAAAAUGAAUCUGAUGAACCUUGGAACACGACCAGGAGACACUCAGGCCAAACCUCAGGAGAGGGAACAGUGGGGCAGUAAGGUUGAGUUCAUUCUGGCCGUCGCUGGACACAUUGUUGGCCUAGGAAAUGUCUGGAGGUUUCCAUACCUUUGCUACAAAAAUGGAGGAGGGGUUUUCUUCAUACCUUAUGUUUUGUUUUUGUUCACCUGUGGCAUCCCACUCUUCUUCCUCGAGACAUCUUUGGGCCAGUUCACCAGUCAGGGUGGAAUAACAUGUUGGAGAAAAAUCUGUCCUCUUUUUGAAGGCUUAGGUUACGGCAGCCAAGUGGUUGUUUUGUACACUGGGGUGUAUUACAUCAUCAUACUGGCUUGGACGUUUCUUUACCUGUUUUCAUCCUUCAGGUCUGAGCUGCCAUGGGCAAGCUGUCACAACAGCUGGAACACAGACGGCUGUUUUGAGCAUGGUCACAAUCAAACAUCGGCUCUGCUGUACGGAAGUAGCACAUCUUCAGUUGUCGAAUUUUGGGAGAGGAGAAUAUUGGGCCUGUCCAGUGGAAUUGAGAAAAUUGGUAACAUUCGUUGGGAUUUGGCCCUUUGUCUACUUCUGGCCUGGACAUUGUGUUACUUCUGUGUCUGGAAUGGAGUGAAAACAACCGGAAAGGUGGUCUACUUCACUGCCACUUUCCCGUACGUAAUGUUGGUGGUGCUUCUUGUUCGUGGUCUUACAUUACCAGGGGCCAAAGAUGGAAUCAUGUUCUACCUCUACCCAGACCCAUCCCGCCUCACUGAUCCAGAGGUAUGGAUGGAUGCUGGCAGCCAAAUCUUCUACUCCUAUGGAGUUUGCACAGGUGUUUUGACGUCUUUAGGAAGUUACAACAAGUACAGCAACAACUGCUACAGAGAUUGUGUUUACCUGUGCCUGUUAAACAGUUUAACCAGCUUUAUAGCUGGCUUCGCCAUCUUUUCUGUGCUUGGUUUCAUGGCAAAGGAACAAGGUGUGGAUAUCUCAUUGGUGGCUGAAUCAGGUCCAGGGUUGGCAUUCAUAGCUUAUCCUCGUGCUGUGGCUCUAAUGCCUCUUCCCCAGCUCUGGGCUAUUUUCUUCUUUGUUAUGAUCAUCUUCUUAGGAUUAGAUAGCGAGUUUGUAUAUCAAGAGGCACUGGUCACAACCAUCUCCGACAUGUAUCCUGCCUUCUUUCAAAACAACUGUCGCCGUAAACUCCUUCUUCUUGCCAUUUCUGUUGGAAGUUUCUUUCUUGGCCUUCUGAUGGUCACAGAGGGAGGCCUUUACAUUUUCCAGCUGUUCGACUACUAUGCCUGCAGUGGGAUGACACUCCUGCUUUUUGCUAUUCUUCAGUCUGUCUGUGUUGGAUGGAUCUAUGGUGCAGAUCGUCUGUAUGAUAACAUACAGGACAUGAUUGGAUAUCGACCAUGGCCUUUCAUGAAAUACUGUUGGCAGUACUUCACACCGGCUAUCUGUACUUGCACAUUUGUUUUCUCCUUGGUCAAAUAUACCCCGCUCAAAUUCAACAACACUUAUGAAUAUCCCUGGUGGGGCUACGCCAUUGGUGGAUUCUUUACUCUCUCUUCAACACUCAUGAUUCCUCUGUGGAUGCUGUACGCUGUGAAUGUCACUCCGGGAACACUGAGACAGAGACUGAAAGUUCUGUGUACUCCAGCAAAGGACUUACCUCCUGUAACAUUAAAGAAGACAUCAAAUAAAGAAGCAUUUCAGACCUUCACAGGCUUGUACACACUGCGCACAGCAGAAAGUCCGGAUGACAGAGGUGACAGAACUCAGAGAUCAUCCAUUAUUUAAACUGCAAGAAAAAAGGACUGAAAUGGAGCCAUGAGGAGUGCAGACCAUAUAUCAUAAGCUGUUUCACUUGUCAGUCAAACUGCCCCAGCCCCAGACACCAAAAAACACCAACAAAAAACAAAAAGGGAACUGAGGUGAUCUUCCAGGUUAUUAAUUUAGAUAUACUAUUCAAACAUUUCUAUUUCUCUUGUGUAUUCCAGCUGGCAGCAUGUUUCUGAAAAUAAUAUAGAAUACAGAAGCAUUUGUUGUAUCACGAUUGUUACCAGGGAAUAAAACAAGACGUCUAGGAAAAAGAUUAUUCUAAGGAAUUUAGCUGCCAAAUAGUUUUCUGUAUGUUUUUAGAAAGGAAAGAAAUGAUAAACUGUGCUAAAUACAGUAUCUGAAUCAUUAUAAUUCCAGUAGGCAUAUUAAUAUUAAUUACCGGAAUUCCGUUAAAUAUUUAUAGGAUAUAAUAAUAUCUUUAUUGGCUAAGAAACAUGAAGUGUUGAAAAAUCUGAACAAUACUAACAAUAUUAACAAUAACAGCAAUAGUCUAAAAGAACCGUUGGUAUUAUAUUUUUAAAUCAUACUAUGCUUAAAUACAUUAGAUAAUAGGAGGUAAAUACAAUGUGUUAAUACAUAACUAUUGGGUACAUUACUGUAGUUAUUCAGGAACAAACAAGAAUCCUGAGAAAUAAAGAGGCAUUGAAUUAAAGUAUGAAUGUAGCUACAAAAAUUGCUGUUUAUUUUUACAUUUGUGAUAUUCCUGCUUAAAAUAUAUAGGAAAAUGUGUAUAUAAAAUAGUUAAUGAGGUGCAGAGAUAUAGAAGUACAACACUUUAUAAUAGACCUGUACAAUGUUGUGGGUGUCACAAGUAGCAGACCACACCUGUGUGCCUUUAACACCUGAAACUGAGAGAAACCUUGUUGAACAGGCUGUAAUUCAAGACAGUGCGUGUUCAGAGCUUUAUUGAGUUUAAUAACAGAGUAAUAUAAAGUGUCAUUGUUAAACCAUUUUACACUUUAAUUACAGUUAAGUGCACAGAUCUUGAAGAAGGCUGGUAGGGCCAAAAAGUCAUAGUGUGAAAAAAAGAGAAAUUCAUAUGGAGCCACAGUGUGCUCUCACAUCUACUUCCAAUGAACAGCACCUCACUACAACCCUUGGUGUGUGUUUCUUUUCUAUAUAUUAUAGCAAUUGUUGCAAUAACAUGACCAUCAGAGGCAGCUAAUUUCUGUGGGGACCUUAGUUAUUUAAAGAUGAUUUUCUGACACUAACGCUAUAAUUUGACUGAUUUUUUCACUGUUUCACUAUUUUGGUUUCUGUAAAGCACUGUUGAUUUUGUGUCAACAAGUGCUAGAAAUAAAAUAUAUUAUUAUGUUAUUAUUUUUUAUUUUAUGGAAGUGCCACUUACAGUUUGACCUUAUUGUUUAUGAAAUAUCUAUUGUGACAGUACAUUUCAAUAUCAGACACCUGAUUUUCUGUUCAGCUGUUUUUACUACUCUUUUCUACUUGACCAAAUAAAUAUUUUUUUUAGUUUUCUUCCUAUACCAAAAACUACAUUAUUAUGUUUAGUAAUUAGUUCCCCAAGAAUUCUUGUUUUUCUCCCUCAUCCCCCCUCUAUAUUUUACAAAAUCUUACAGUGUAAUGUCCCUUAAAAUCAAUUUCUCUUAUCCAAAUGAAAGUAUAUUGUUAUUUUUUUAAAUAAAUCAUGUUAUAACUAUAACUACUUAAUAAAAUCAUUUUUUCCACA